AAUAAUGAAACUCCAUGUUAUAGAUUAUCCAAAAAUGGCUGCUCAGAAUGCAUGCUUUUCAUGCACUGAAGUUAAUUUUAUGCAGGCAGAGUACAUGAUAGAUGUUUUGAGAGAGAAGGCUGUGUUCAGAAUAGAGUUUUGGCCAGCAUGCCUUCUAUAUUAGAAAAAAGGAUGGCAUUUGGAGAAAUAUAUUCAGUAUUUCAGUAGAAGAUCUUCUUGCUGUAUUGGGACAAAUUUGUAAACAAGGAAAAUGAUGGGGAAAAAAAUAAGGAAAAAAAUCCAAAUGAGGAAGCAAUCUAGUUUGUUCAUUUUGCUUCUUUGGAGAUAUAUUCUAGUAAAUGAAAUAUAUGUUACUUAAUGAAACUGCAUUUAAUAAGAGGCCUCAGAUGAACAUCUGAAAGCCUAAUUGUCAUUUUUCUAGUGCAGUAUAAUACUGCUUACUUCUUUAUCACUCUCAUAGAUAAAAGAAUAAUACUUGAAUUGGUUUUAAAAUCAAGGUAUUUGUUUCAGAGAAAUGCCAGCUUUAUCAGUGACAUUACAUUUAUCCUUUGCACAGCUGCUUUCUGUUACAAUACAAUUACCACACUAUGAGGGCCUUGUGAAUAAAAUCAGAGCAACAUUGUAAUUGACUUGCAUUCCUUCUCUGUAUCUUGUUUUAUCUUGUUAUCUGUAUCAUGUUUUCUUGUUUGAAAAAAAAAAAUACUAUAGCAAUGGUGGUGUUUUGUGCUGAAAAAAUACUGAAGCGAGGGUGUAGGAGAUCCUUACCUGAGAAGGUUGUGUCUCUUGCUUGGUUUAUUCCAGUUUAGGACCCCUGUUUCUAUGGGCUUCUUGUUUAUCUGUGACAUUUUUUCCUUCUGAGAAUGUAAUCACUCUUAAGUAAGAAAAAUGGUGUUAUAAAAGCCCUCUGAAGGUCCAUGCAAAUACAGUCAUAAAAAUCUCAUCUAAAGAUACUUUAGUUGUCCUUCAUGAUAGCUCUAUCUUGAAAUAAUUCAAAUACAUAAGCAAAUAGUAGACACUUUAAAUAACAUUUCUGAAAAUUGAAAUGUACCUGCAUUUUUAAAAUAUUUCCUAGUUGGUCCCUGAACCUUGAUGGUAUUUAGCCUAGAACUGGCCUUGAAGUACUUGAACAUUUCUCUUGGACAGCUGUUCUUUGAAGGUUCCCACAGAGCUGAGGAUUCUUCAGCAUAUCUUCUUUUUCUUUCUCUGUUUUUUCCACUUCUGUAUCUACUGUGUCUGUUCAAGACUUGUCUACACAAGAUACCAGGGAAAAUUGAUGCAAAUCAACUAAAUGCAGGAAUUUAAAGAGGGCAGCUUAAGUGCCACCAAGUCCCUGUGUGCACUAUCCCAUUCAUAAUUAAAGUGGUCUCCAGUGAAUUCAGUUUAACUCACUUUGAAGGCAAGAUGUACCAAACCAAAUUAAGGCCAGCAUUUAAUUCACAAAUGAAAGUGUUUUCAAAGGAAUUUAAUGGAUACAGACAAAUCCAAUUAAAUUAAUUGGGUUAAUUUUCCUGAGUUCCAUUGUGUAGAUAAAACCUUAGUAAUAAUGUCUGAUGUGAGCUUUUACUUUUUGUCUUUUUUGUUCUUCUCAUUUUAUUCCAAAACUCUGAUAUUUUAGACUUGUGAAGGUAGAUAGCCCUCACCAAAUACUGUCUUGUAAUUUUACUGUGUUUUGAGAGUUCACAUUUUAACAUCUAAAUGUCCCACUUUGCCAUCAGGUCUAGUUCACAGUAACCUUUUCUUUAGGUAAUUACCAUCGAUUUGGCUUCUUCAACUAAUGCCUUUUAAUCCAGUUAGCAGAAAAAAUACCAUCUCCACUUUCUUAAGUAGCCUGCAUUAACUACCACUUCCCUUAAAGCUGCUGUUCUCCUAAACAAAUCUUCUCUGCUGGAUUUGAUUGUUUAAUUAUAGAUUUCUGCUUAAUAGUUUAACCUAAUAAAGGGUGCUUUAAUUUCAUUAUACUGUUAAGAUGGUAGAAUGAUGGCAUUUCCCAUCAAUUGUGGCCCGCCAGAAAGAAUAUCUUUCAAAAUCUCAAACUGUGCACUAAGAGGGUCUUUCUGCCUUCCCAGGUAGUCCAAGCAGCAGGAACAUUGCACCUGGAGUUGGCUGCACCUUUGUGCAUUGCCAGAGCAGCUGGGAGCCCUGAGCCCUGUCACACUGCAGGGACAUUAAAAUAGCCUGGGGGAGCUGGUUUAAUGCUGGGUGUCUCUCCACAGCACCAAGACUGUGUAUCUUAGUUGAUGGUGCUUCUUUCAUCCUUUCUUUGAAAAUUAGGAAAGUGAAAGAUCUCUAAGUUGCAGCUUAGUCAUUCUGUGUUCCUGAGGCUUUGUCCAGUGGCUGCUGUUUUCUCUCUGUUCCUCACUUUGGUUUUGUCACCUGUGUCUGGUCUGGAUGCAUGGGAUGGGAUUUGUUUUAACAUGGUUGCUUUUGCUUCAUUAGUUAGCCCUGUACAUCUCUUUAAACUUCUUUAGAGAAAAAACCCUUCAUAUCAUUUAACUGGGUGAAGCUGUUUGCUUUUGAAGAAGUUAAAUUUAGAUUCAGGUGAAGACUGUUCACUUCCAAGUAUGGCUCAGCUUUGAGAGAGGUACUUGAAGGAGAAGAAAAGAUCAAAUAUAACUGAGAUUGUACUAAAUUGAUUUUAAGUCCUAUUAGCUCAUCUUAACAUUUCAAAUUAAUCAGUAUUUCCUCUUUAAAUACUUUAAAAAGUGUUUUUCUUAUAAAACAAAUUAUCCUAUUUUACUGCCUCUUGUAUUUGCGCUGUAUAAAUAAGACAUUUUUUAGGGAAGAAGUUUGGCCAGAAAAUGAGUGAAAACCUGUGUUUUGAUGGCCAAGAUGUGUCAAUAUCCAUUCAGUUCCAGUUGACAUUUGUGUGUCGUGUGUGACGCAUUUGAAAUGAAAACUGCAGGUGUCUGUGUGUGUGUCUGUAGUGUUACCCAUGGGAGGAGUGGUGUGAGGUGAAUGAUUGUGUUAGAUCUGCUCCAUAUUUGAAGUGUAAGUUGUGUUAAUGCUUUGACAAGCCAUUGAGAGCAAAGGUGGUGCUGGUGGUUCCUUAAGUGAGGAGAGACCAAAUCCAUCUGGGGAGAAGUGGGUCUGUGCCACCUGCCUUCUGAGUCACUGCCUCCUUUAGAAUUUAUAAGUUAUUUUCUUUUUUGCUUACUUUUUACACUUCCAUCUCGGUGAGUUUUCACAGCUGAUAGUAGUUUUCUGGCAAAGAUAAUAUUUUAAGACUUCUUCUGUUGGGUUUUUGUUCUUGUUUUGUUUGGUUUUUUUAAUCUAAAUUUUAGAGGGCUGAGCAAAUGACUUCCAUGGGGAAGAAACCAGUGUUAGUUCAAAUGCAUGCAGAGAGGAUCCUGCCAACUCUGCUCUCUGCUUCCGGAGUGUAGAUGCUAGGUGGUAAUUUUGAGGUGAUGGUGACAUCAUAAAUGCAGAGAUUGGUGUUAUUCUUUGCUCUGAGAAGGAUAUCUUUUUUUACUGUCGAAAAUACUGAAGUAAUGCUGAUUCUGAGACAACUCAUGAAUUGGCUUCUCCAAGCUGAUAUACUUCAGCUCCCCAAACUUAUGAGCACUCCAGCCCCCACACAGUGACUGUACUUGAGGGCCCAGCUGGUGCGUUUUAAAUUAACACUCAUUAUACUACUGAGUCACUUCUGGUGGUGGUCUGAAAUGCACCAAUGCUUUGUAUCAUCUCUGGCAGGUUCCUUUAGUUUGAUCCAUAUGUUUCCAUCCUGCUGGCUAAGAUUAAUUCUUUCUUGUAGUCACUAAAGAAAUUAGUUGUGUUCAGUUUCUGGUGAUCUUUUUUGUACAGAUUAGUGCUGUUGAGUACAGUGUGUCUAAGUAUGAGUGUUUGUUAAAAAUAAAAGUAGCAUUUUUGUCCUCUAUUUGCAUUGGAACAGAUUCAGUUGAGACAGAGCUUAGAUGUCAAAUUUGACCAUAAUCCAUUAAGGUAGUUCUCUUUCCAAAGUAUCUGCACUCCUUUUUAACUAAUCUCCUCAAUAUUUCCGGCUUUCCUUCUGUUACUACACUUUCAUUAGGAUUACCUUAUAGAAGUGUUUCCCUGGCACAGAGGUGAUCCACUGCAGUUUGUGGUCCCUCACUGGACUCACUCCAGUAUGUCCAUGUCAUUCUUGUGUUGCAGAUCCAGAAAUGGACAUAAUAUUCCUGAUGAGUCUUGCCAGGACUAAAUAGAGAGGAAAAGAUCACUUCCCCUGCUAUCCUCAUGUGGCCCAAACAUAAUGAUAGACUUGCAUAAAUAGUACAAAAGAUGUGAAAUGUGCCAGUGGUACAGUGUAGAGGCCAAAAGAGUGUGAAGUGGGUAGAGUUAGCUGCAGUGUAAUCUACCUUUGUCCUGAAAAACAUGGAAUUGGUAUCCAGGAGCACAGGUUUGAUGAGGAGCUGUGAGGGAGCUUGAGUUGUUUAGCCUGGAGAAAAAGGGGCACCUUGUUGUUCUGGCCUGAAAGAAGGUUGUGGAGAGAUGGGUGUCACUCUCUUCUCCCAGGUAACAGUGACAGGAUAAGAGCACAUGGCUUUAAGGUGCCCCAGGGGAGGUUUUGGUUGGACAUCAGGAGGAAUUUCUUGAUGAAAAUUGGAAUGGGCUGCUGAGGGAGGUGGUGGAAUCACAGUCCCUGGAGGUGUUUAAGGAAAGACUGGACAUGUUGCUUACUGCCAUGGUCUAGUUGAUAAAGUAGUGUCAGGUCAUGGGCUGGAUUUGAUCAUCUCAGAGGUCUUUUCAAGCCUCAUUGAUUCUCUGAUCUUAAAGGUAUCUUCCAGCUGUAACAAUUCUGAUGCUGUGAUUUUAUAUCCCACAAAUGUUUAGUUGGACUGAGUUGGGUUUAGUGGCCAGUCCCCAUGGAUGAGGCUGAGAAGGACCCCACCCUCCUGAGGCAGAAGUUUAUUUCCCUGUAGCUGUGGUGCAAGCAAGAGCCAACCAACAUCAUCUGCUGCCAAUAGAAAAUCUCCAUGCCAGACCUUACCCUUGGCACGAGGUAAAGUUGCAACUGAGGCUGUGAGGAGGAAUCAAUAGGAAAAAUCCAAUUCAUGCUCAAAGAUGGAGACCUUUUAGCCAGCCAGUGAGUCCAACUGCUGCUGCAUGUCUGGCAGCACCUCUGAAUGAUCACAUGACUCUUGAUAUGGAUGCAGUCCUGUCAGACUUUGUUCGGUCCACAGGGGCAGAACCAGGUCUGGCAAGAGACUUACUAGAAGGCAAGAACUGGGACCUGACAGCAGCUUUGAAUGACUAUGAGCAGCUGCGGCAGGUGCACACGGCCAACCUGCCCCAGGUGUUCAACGAGGGCAGGUUUUACAAGCAGCAGGAGCCAGAGCAGCCUCCCCAGGUGACCAAGGCUGAGAGGCCCUGCCUGCAAAGGCAGGAUGACAUUGCCCAAGAAAAGCGUCUCUCCAGAGGGAUUUCCCAUGCCAGCUCAGCCAUAGUCUCCCUUGCUCGCUCACAUGUAGCCAAUGACUGCAGCAAUGAGCAGUUCCCUUUGGAGAUGCCCAUCUACACAUUCCAGCUGCCAGACCUGAGCGUGUACAGCGAGGACUUCAGGAGCUUCAUCGAGCGGGACCUGAUUGAGCAGGCCACCAUGGUGGCAUUGGAGCAAGCAGGACGCCUCAAUUGGUGGUCCACGGUGUGCACCAGCUGCAAGCGCCUGCUGCCCCUGGCCACAACGGGUGAUGGAAACUGCCUCCUGCAUGCUGCCUCUCUGGGGAUGUGGGGAUUUCACGACCGGGACCUUGUGUUACGGAAAGCCCUCUAUACUAUGAUGAGAAGUGGAGCUGAAAGGGAAGCACUGAAAAGAAGAUGGAGAUGGCAACAGACUCAGCAGAAUAAAGAGUCAGGUUUGGUAUACACGGAGGAGGAGUGGGAGCGCGAGUGGAACGAGCUGCUCAAGCUGGCGUCGAGCGAGCCGCGCACGCACUUCAGCAAGAACGGGGGCACUGGAGGGGGGGUGGACAAUGCAGAAGAUCCAGUUUAUGAAAGCUUGGAAGAAUUCCACGUUUUUGUCUUAGCCCACAUCUUGAGAAGACCGAUUGUUGUAGUAGCAGACACAAUGUUACGAGACUCAGGGGGAGAAGCGUUUGCACCGAUACCAUUUGGAGGAAUUUAUUUGCCACUUGAAGUUCUGCCAAACAGAUGCCAUUGCUCACCUCUUGUGCUGGCCUAUGACCAGGCCCAUUUCUCUGCUCUUGUCUCCAUGGAACAAAAAGACCAACAGAGAGAACAAGCGGUGAUCCCCCUGACUGACUCUGAACACAAGUUACUGCCUUUGCACUUUGCGGUCGAUCCUGGGAAAGACUGGGAGUGGGGAAAAGAUGACAAUGAUAACACCAGACUGGCCAAUUUGAUUCUGUCCCUUGAAGCAAAGCUUAAUCUUCUGCACAGCUACAUGAAUGUAACCUGGAUCCGCAUCCCCUCUGAGACACGGCAGGCCCCUUUGGCUCAACCAGAAUCCCCUACAGCUUCCGCUGGAGAAGACGUGCAGUCUCUGGCUGACUCCAUGGACUCAGACAGAGAUUCCAUCUGUAGUAAUUCCAAUGGCAAUAAUGGCAAAAACGGUAAAGAAAAAGAAAAGGACAAACAAAGGAAAGAUAAAGACAAAACCAGGACGGAUUCAGUUGCCAAUAAAAUAGGAAGCCUCAGUAAAACCCUGGGAAUUAAACUGAAAAAGAACAUGGGUGGUCUUGGAGGUCUGGUGCACGGGAAGAUGAGCAGAGCUAAUUCAGGGAAUGGAAAAAAUGGUGACACAGUAGAGAAGGUCAAAGAGAAGAAGUCCAAGUCUCGCAAAGGGAGCAAAGAGGAAUCUGGACAGUCUGCGAGCACGUCUCCGUCUGAAAAGACCACUCCCUCUCCGACUGACAGAGCCAGCAGCUCCCCCACUGAAAAGGUGAACACUAAACCCUUCUCUGACAAGCAGUCUGACCCAUGGAAGUACAGCACAGACGUGAAACUCAGCCUAAAUAUUUUGAGAGCUGCCAUGCAGGGUGAACGAAAGUUUAUUUUUGCUGGCCUUCUUUUGACCAGUCACAGGCAUCAGUUCCACGAGGAGAUGAUCGGCUAUUACCUGACCAGUGCCCAGGAGCGCUUCAAUGCCGAACAGGAACAGAAAAGAAAGGAAGCUGAGAAGAAGGCUGCGCUGAAUGGCUCCUCCAGUAGGAAACUGGAGACAGAGGCAUUUUCAAAAGAAAAAUUAGAACCAUCUCCUCAGGAUAGGGCAUCACCCGUCUUACCUCAAAGCCAUACAACCCAACUGGUUUUAAAAUUUAAAGACCGCACUAGUCCCACCCCCGGGUCCUUUUCUUCACCCAGCAACGGCGCCAAGAAGAGCGGCCCCAUCCCGGUGUCUGCCCACUAUAGCCAUACCCCCCCCGUUCAAAGGCAAAGUGUCAUCCAUUUGCAUGACGUCAACUCCAAGCCAUCGAGCUUCCAGGAUGAUACCUACAAGCCAGUGGUUGGCACCCUGAAAACCUGUGCCACGUACCCGCAGCAGAACAGGUCGCUGUCCUCGCAGAGCUACAGCCCCGCGCGGCUGCCCGGGAUGCGCACGGUGAACACGGUGGAGUCGCUGAGCUACGCCAGGCCGGCCGAACACAAGUCCCAGACCUACACAAACGGCUUCAACACCGGGGACAUCAGAGACUGCUUGGAGUACGCUGACGAGGACGCUCCUCAGAGCUGGCUGAACAACGACAAAAACCAAGGCAGAAGCACAGUUUGCCCAAUAUAUUCCAUCCAGCAGAACCGCUGUAAGAAGGAGAACUGUUCCUUUUAUGGUCGUCCUGAGACUGAAAAUUACUGUUCCUACUGCUACAAAGAGGAGUUAAAGCGCAGGGAGAGGGACAGCAAGGGACACAGGCAUUGAGGAUUCUUCCAUGACUACUUAGUUUUACCAUUUUCUUACUUACAAAGUAAACAGUGUUGGAUUGCAGUAAAAGGAAUCCUUAAGGAAUAAAGGAUUGAUGAGUAAAUAGUGUCUAGCUCUUCGCUUUUCUGGGGCAAUGAGGAAAUAAUAGGAAUAAUUUAUCAUAAAAAGAUAUUAUUUUCCAUUUUGUCAGUGUCUUUUUUACAUGUGCUGGUAAGCUGAAGGGUUGUUUACUCCUUUGUCAGUGCUGUGUAUAUGUUUGGUCAAAAAUUUACUAAUGGUGCCUGAAUUUACACUGACAUCACUCAGGUAGUAGAAUGAUAGGGGAACGUCAUACUAGUGAAGAUGUGGUGUUGUAGUAGGGUAGUAUCUGCCUUGCAGACAUUUGAAAUGAUAUAGCUAUAGAGUAUUUUUUCCUCAGUAAAACCUAAAUUUUUCAUAGCCUUUUUUUUCAAGAGGGUAGUGAUUUUGCAUACUGCACAUUUUUAACAUGGCAGCAUAUUGCGUUGCUACUAACGUUUGUAUAUUUCAGUCUGAAAUGGAAUGAUUCUGGAAAAAUGAGAGUGAAAGGUCUGAAUUCAUGAGGGCUGUUGGUCAUUUUAAUUUUAAGUUCUUGCCAAUUAUUUCUAAAUUUUCAUUGAAAAAAAAGUAGAUUUGAGCCACUUUUAUUUGCACUGAGUUUUUAAAGAGGUUUUAUAAGAAAUUUCAAUAUGACUUCAUGUCCCCAAGUCCCCUCACCAGUAUAGUUUUGCACAGCUGAAUUUCAGAAGUAUUUUAGUUGAUGUUAAAAUGCAGAGAAAUAUUACAAUAAAAUUAAAAUAUUUAAAAAAUUACUAGAUAUGAAGAAUUUGAUGACCAGCUAGGAAAUUUAGGAUCAUUUUAGACUCAAACUGCUCGCCAAAACCAAUGUAAUGCAUCAUUUUAUUGCCUUAGCUAGUCACUAACCUAAUCGUUAUUUACUUACUCCUUCUGAACAUUAUUGAGUGAUAAUUAUUGCAAAUGUAACUACUUGAGCCUUUCUUGAAGACUGUUGGCUCCUCUUCUUUUCAAGUCUCCUAGAGUGAGUCAUCUCCCCCCAGGAGGCUCCCAGAUGGCUGUAAAAUGCCUCCAGCAGGAAUGGCAGCUCCUAGCACAGAUUUGCACAAGUCUGAGAUCCAAAUAUUUACGUAAGUGUUUGCAAUACUUCUGAAAAUAAAACUUUGCUCACAGAAGCAUUUCUGCAAAGCAGACACUGCAGAUACUGUUGAAGUAGAUGGAUGACAUGAGGAAGUUUUCUGGGAUGCAGCUCUGGGCUUGCACCCCUCCACCAUCAGCUGGCAGGAGGUAGAACAGGAGCUCUUUGGUGUUGUUACCUUGUGAGCAAUGGCUCAUUUUAAGAGCUGAUUCUGCAUAACAGGUGAAAGUACUGCCUUCAGGGCUGCUGGCUCUGCCGCCUCAAGGUGCACAACAGGACUUCUGCCUUCCUCAUGAGGGAAUAACACUUUGCUGGCCCACACAGGAAAGAUUCUUUGCCAAAGAGUCUUUGUUUCUGAUUAUUUGCUUGCUGCAGCCCAAUUUUAAUUCUUGACAUGGGUGGCACUGUUGCAUACAGUUAAUCCUAAUUAACCCUGAAACCAAGCCUAAAGUCCCCUGUGAAACAAGAUGCACAAACUUCUGCUGCUGUGUCCUGGCUUUCAGAAAAAGCAUGUGAGUUUUUUCCAGUGUCCCAAAUUGGUAGAGCUGAGCACAUACUUAAAAUUGACCAUAUUUUUAGGUUUUCUGCUGAGUGGGAGGUUUCAAAAUAAGUCCCUUGUAUAAAAAGUUUGGGUCUUUGCCAUGUUAGCUGUUCCAUGAAUCCAGACCUGUACUUUGUAUUCCUUGCUGUAUACUGAGCAUACACUGAAUCUUACUGAACUUGCAUUCCUUCAUGAAAGGAAAUGUUGGUAUUUGUUACAGCUCCGUGUGACUUCUGUCCCUAAGGUAAGCACCUUCCAAAUCCCAUGUCUCCUGUUGCAAACACUGGUAACCAGUGUCCUGUUUUGCUUUGCUGUUGUGAUUGUUACAUUUAAGUUCUAAUUGCCAAAGAAAACUGGGAUUGCAAAUUAUGCUAAAACAAUCCAGACCAUGUUAAAAGAAAUUCAGGAUUAUACUUGAUUGUAUUUACUGCUGAGACUGAGAAAACUGGCAGGAUAAAGCUUCAAGAAAACAGAAAUAUUUAAGAAUUCUUAGGGCAUUAGAGUAGCAGUACUGUGUGAUACUCUAAGAAUAAUUUUUGUGUAAAGUUGUAGUUAAGAAAUAUUACAUGAGCAGCAAACCCCACCAGCUCAUGUGUUUGAGUUACAUCCGUUCUGAAUGAGGAAAAAGGCAGUACAUGUGUAAAACCAAGCAAUUACCAUGAGAUUUUGCUGUUUCCCAUUUUCAUAGGAUUUUUUCUAUAGUAUGUUUUUAAGAUCUUCUCAUAAAAGAGAGAGAUUUACAGCUGGUCAGCAUGUAGGUAAUUACUCUGUUCUGAAUUAUUGAAUACCUGGUACUUGUGUGCUAGAUUAUUUUGAAAAGUUAGUUUUGUCUGUUUAGGAUACCAAACCUGAGUGUUCAUUAUCAUCCUCAGGACACUCAGAUAUUUCCAUAAAUAUUUACCUCCACCAAAUUGCUCACUUUAAAAUAUCUGUUGUAUGAAAUACUGACAGAACCCUUUUUAGUUAUGCCUAUUUCCUUAGAAUCUUUUUGUUGGGAUAUCUUGGAAUAAUUUUCUAAUUGCUGUUUUCUUUUAGAAUUCUCUUCAAACAUUUUUUCUGUUUCUGGGCUAUUUGUGGCAGCUGUGCCAUGGCUGUCAAUAAAUAGACCAAACAUGCAGAAAGUGUGCCCCCCUCCUGUAGAAGUGUUGUUCUGUUAAAAGACUGUAGCUAUAGAAGAAAUUUUCUGGCUAUUUUUUUAGAGAAUUCCCAACUGCUCAUGAGUUGCAUUCACCAGCAUUCAAGACAUUGUGCCAUUCCUUAGCUACAUGCCAGAGGCAGUCACCUUCAGGUGUAUUUUCCUGUGCUACUGCAUGCUAACCUCUUUUGGGUUAUUUUUCCUGGCAAUUGGAAGUGUUUGCAGCCCAGCCUGCCCUGUGCCUGAUCUGCUCUCCCUACACCCUCCAGAGCUGCAGAGUUCCCACAUGGUCCCAGAUGUGGAGAAAUCAGCUUUGCUUUGGAGGGACCCUUCUCAUUCCUUCUGUUAGCCUGAGGGGCUGCAAUGCACACACAUAUUUUUGCAUUUCUAUGUGCUUUUUUCCCCCUCUCUCCUUGAUAGUGAUUCAGCAUUUGUCACUGUAGUCCAGAUUUCAGAAGUACAGAGUAAAUACUGGGUAGGUUACACCUAUCUCCUGGUAGGUCACCAGGAGAUAUUUAGGUUGGAGGAAGCUGGAAUUCUUUUAAAGUGUGAAUGUGCAUUUUUUCUAAUUUAAAAAAGACUUAAACCUAUUAUGCCAUUUUUUUUUACUUUGUUCUAAACUCUGAUGCAAAUGUCUGUUUGUAACAGAGGAUACCUGUGAUACAUAAUGGGUUUCAGUCAUGCUUUAUAUUAAAGUUUCAUUUAAAAUUAUUUAUACAGAGUUAAUAAAGCCCUGUUAGAGUUGAACAAUAUAUUUUCAGAAGUGGAUAUCAGUUGUAGCAUAUGGCUAACAAGCAUCUCACUCAGAUGAUUUUGUAGAUUAUCAAAAGUGACUUCAGAUUUUGGAUUUUAAAACAAUUGGUGGAACUUUUGUUCUAUAAAUUCAACGGCAAUAUUGUCCCAGCUUUCUUUAGCAAUUAGCUGCUUUGUCUUAGAUGAAAGGUAACAUGAGGAGCAUCAGUAAGAAAGGUGCUGUGCUUGCAGAGCUUUGUGCUGCUUGUGCAGGCCAGGUGGAGCGUUCAGGGUGCCUCGGGCUGGCUGAGGCGUGAGCAGUGCAGCCUGGCCCAGAGGAGCUGUCACAGCCCAGCUGUCACUGCAGGGCCCCGGGGGCUGCUCCUCGCACAGGGGCAGCUGCUGGGCGGGUGUGAAAGCACAGCACAGAGCUGACAAACACUGCCCUCCACCCCUCUGACCCAGCUGCACUGGUGCUCUGCCUCGCCAGCGGGACUGGCCUCCCUGACAGCAAGGACACUGCUUCACAAACUCUGAGUGUUACAGAAGAAAUGGUUUUGCUGGAGGCCUUUGCUCUGUUCCCCACAGGCUGCCUACCUUACUCUUCCAAGGAGACGAUGGAUGAGAAUUCUGCCUGAGGAGCAGAGAAGCCUUAGGCCUCUUUGGGCUGCCUGUGCUGUCCUCUGCAGAAUCCCAUUAGCAGUGGGGCCUUAAACCAGGUGCUUCAUUGGCAUGUAAAGCAUUGCAAACUGGCUAGGAAGGGAGUAUGGUCUUCAUAGCACUGUGAGUGUUUUGCACAGGUGAAAACAAGUAUGUUCAUAGAAACCACAGUGAUCUCAGAUAAAUGUAAGUCCAGAGAAGCAAAAUAACUGACGCUGAUUGUAGAUGGCUUUUUAGCUUCGUGUAUUUUAAGUCUCUGUCAGUGUGUUUGAAGAGUAUUUGUUUUAGGAAUGGCAGCUCAUGCAGAGGAUCACCAAACUAUAGCAUAGAAAUGAAAUUAUUUCAGUAACAGACACUAAUACCUAUUUUAAUUUGCACAUGGAUUUCCAGUGUAUAUGACUAAAAUAUUAUAUUGUUAAAAAUGAGAGGAAAACAACACUGAAGUGUUUGUAAGUAUGUUCUAUUUCUAGACUUAAGGCUGUAUUAUGUUGGAAUUUUACAAGCCAAGUUUAAAUUGUAAUAUAGAAAUUAUUUUUAUAUUAUUUUCAAAAUACGCUACAGAGCAAUAUUUUGCGCCUUUAUUAUAAACAGGGUCAUCAUUUUAGUAGGUUACUUUCAGAAAUGCUGGUAGAAAUUAACCAUGAAAAGAAAGCUUUGUAAAUGUACUUGUUUCUAACUGCUCUGUCUGUUGUGCACAUCUGUAUCUAAUGUGAGUUGAAUAUACAAUUUUUUUUUUAAUUGAAAAGCUUUACAUUUUUCUUUAUAUAUUUUGGUACAACACUGUUCCUCUCUAUUUAAUUCUCUUCCAGUCCUAACCAAUAGCCACUUUUAUAAGCAGCUUCUGAAUAAACAUGCAUCUGGAAAAUUUCCUUACCAAAUGAAACAUUUCUGCACAGAUAUUGAUUGAUGUGGGACAUUCAUAAUACACCCUGAACCCACUGGAGUAGGAUUCAUUUGCUUUUUUUUAAAAAGAGAAUCAGCUAUUUAUUAUUCCUUCAGAAUGAAAAUCAAGAAUUCAUGCAACCAUUUAGCAUCUGGAGUAAAAAAAUUACUCUAGAUCAUAGAAAUGUCAUCCCUAAUUGGCAGAUACAUCCCCUUAAUAUGUAUCAAAUAUGCAUUAGCUUCUUGCAGAUGAAGUGUUCAGAUUUUAUUUCUUCAUAGUUCUUUGUACUGUACAUAUCAAUUACUGAUGAACUGUGCAAAGAAAAAGACUUUACAAAUUAAUGCAUAUGUUACAUUAGAAGACUGUGUAGUUUUUAAAAUUCCCUGACUUUUGUGGUUUAGUUUGUUGGGAUUUGUUUAAGAAUUACUAUUGAGGUAUUUACUGCAACCAGAAUUUUCAAACUGGGUACAUAAUGAUUGUGCAUCUGGGUUUCUCCUGAUCAAUAGACUGGUGUUAAGGUGUACUGAGCAUCAGUUUGUGUGGGAAGAAAAGCUCCCUCUUGGUUUCAGAAAAUCAAUUGAGUGUUACUCCAACACAUAUUCAGGUCUUUUCCUUAUUAGCACUCUACACUUCUUUUCAGUCAAUGGAAUUUACAUUUUAUCUUUAGCGAUCUUCCAUGUGGGAACAAAUAAUUGGGCUUAUUCAUAAAGUGAUUGUUUGGGUUUGGAGAGACUUGCCGUGUACCAAAACACCACAUAAUUGUUUAACUGUUUAAUGGGGCUCUUGUAUCCCACUGCCAGGUGGGGAAAUGAGACCUGGUUUUCUCCUUGGGUAUCUGAUCCUGUUAUUGUCUGGUUGGGUUAUUCCUCUCAAGUGAAUACGCUGUUCUGAUUGCUGUUUUCUGAUGGUUUAUCUCCCAUUACCUGAAUGCCUGUACUGUACCAAGAGAAUUGAAAUGGCUGAUGCACAUUUGCACUGUGGAACAGCCAUGUGGGUUAAAGCCACCGUGUUCCAAACAGCCUUAAAAUUACGACUCUCUGGGGACUGAGAGUCACUUAACUGGAUGCAGCCUCUGUCCCACUUCCUCAUUUCACCAUGACUGUAAAACCUUCCAGCCUGCUGUAGUCUGUGUGUCUCUAGACAUAUUCAUCUGAAUACCCUGUAAUCUUAACAGAACAUUUUGUUUAAAAAGUAGUGAUUCUUUGAGUGUUAGUGUGUCAGGAAACCUUAGUCAAAAGAGGAGAUGGAGUAAAACCAGAGAAAUUAUUGUAGCUAGUGGAGGAACCAGGGCGCCAAAAUACUAAAGAGGGGGAAAAUAGUUAAGAUAUAUCAAAGUCUAUUUCCUGUCAACAUUGUAUGUUUUGUAGAUCUUCCUGUAUUGUGGGAAAAUAGAGAAAUGUUUUUGCCAUUCAUCUCUGCAUCUAAUGGAGCCUCUUACUUUGUUGCAGAUGUCUGCUAUUGGGGAAGAAGGGAGAAAAGCAAGUUCUCUUCACUUCUUAAAGCAAAUUCUAGUGGCAGAAUCAUCUGAGAUUGCAAAAAUAUGAUCCAAUGUUGGAACUAAACAGUGCCUAACUCCCAUGUGCAUUCUGUACUUAAUUUCCAUUUUGCCCCUUUCAAACACCCUUUCUUUAAAAAAAGAAGGAGGGGGAAGCUAACAGACUAAGCUUGUAUGUUAAUGAUCCAGUUCUUCCUUUUUUCACACGUGGAAUCUAUAAAAACAUGAAAAGAGUUACACUAGAGUUGCACUUCCCCUGCUGAGAGGUAAAAGCCACCUUUGUAGGUAAAUUCCAUGAAAUUGCUUUGCCACAGAGUCAGAUGGAACCUUUGCCUGAUGAAGGCUGACAGCACGUCAGGAGCCUGAGAGCCGUGGCUGCCAUAGCUCUCAGGUCUUGGUCAUUCUUGCCUUCAGCUCUGGCCUGUGGUGUCUGAACAGUGUCUUUGUAGUGAAGAUGAAGUGGAACACUGCCUUGCUGCCGUUUGCUUCCAGGCUUGAGUAACAAAAAGUCUUUUCCCCAUGCUUUUGGUUAAAAUGUGCAGGAGUUGCAGCAGCAGAAUGUGGCAUCUCAGGCUUGGAGAACACCCCACAUCUCCUCUAAAUGGGCUUUGCAAUCAGGUAUGAAUUGAAACACAGCCAUGUGGGCGUCACAGAAACGCUCUCAUCUCUCAGCUUUGAAAACUGUGUGCACUUUUAAACUGACAAAAAUUAAGCAAUGGUUUUAUUGUUUAUUUGUUCAAGAUUCUAAGUACUGUAAAUACAGUCUUUGUAUGAUGCACAGUGUGUGUACAGUACAGAAAUGCUUUUCCCUCUGAGCCGCUGGAGAACUUUGCAUGCACACGGUGCCCAGCUCUGCCCACUCACCAUAACCAAGGGGAACAAACAGGAUUUAGGCCUAGACUAAAUAAUGGAUGAAAUUAGCUCCAUAGACCUAAACAGCUGUGAGUUCCCAGCCAUGGUGCUCUAGGCCAGCUUUGACAGCUUUGUACAAAACUCCAUCCCAGUGACUGAGAUUAGGUUUGCUCUUUCCUGGGGAGGAGCGGUUACUUCUGUGUCUUUUCCAAGCCCAUUGCUCUUUGCUCUUAGUCUUUAACUCCUGUGUUUGUAAUGUGCCAGGCUUAGCAUGAUUCAGCUAGGAAGCAGUUUUUAAAAUCUCCAUAGAGCUCUUGUUUUCUUUUUGGAAUCCAUCUCCAGUUUUACUUUGCAUUCAAUUUUAAGACAUAAAAUAUUGUUAUGAACUUUUCAUAAUGCCUUGAAUUUGUCUCUUGUGGGGCUGACAGACUUUGUUCUCCUUGGGAGGCCUUGUUCUUCCUCACUGAUUCUUCUGACUAACACUUUUGUAUGGAAAAAGUUGAAUGAACCAUUGAAAGUAUCACUGCUGUUUACAUGUACUUCUGCCAUUUGGUACACUUUGUGUUCUUAAAACCCAAUGCCUCAGACAUGGGCAAAGCUUGAAGGACAGUCUGAAGUAUUAGAUACAAAAGGUAUACGUAGUUAAUUCAUCAGAACUCUGCUGUUGUAUAAUAUGCCCUCCCCCCCAGUUGUUUGUACAUCUUUUUUCCUAUUGCUAGCUUUUUUUAAAAUCUUCUAUUUUCUUAGACAAAUUCUAAAGCUCUUUGUCCCUAAAGCCUGUGAUAGAUUUUCCAAUAAAGAAAAUUUGGCUUUUGCAGUUCAGGUUGCAUAUAGAGUGGCUUGUCUCCCAAACAAGAAUUAAAGUAACAGAUGUUGCACCCUUGGCUUGAAUAAGUAUAUUUACUCAUUAACUGAGAGUCUCUGUUCAAUUAUAACCAAAGCUAAUUAUGUAAAGUUUAAAGUGUCAGGAAUGGUAAUGUGACUCUAUCUAAUAACUGGCCAACUCAGCAUUUUUAACCCAUUGAAACGUACAAUAAAUGAAUUUGUACUUGAAGUCUAUUUCAAAGAAGGUAGUUGGCUCUCACUGGGGCUUAAGAAAAUGUUAAUAAGGAAUAAAGUAAGUCUCAUUGGUUUUGGUUGGCUGAGAAUUCAACUUCUUCGUAGUCUUACCACUCUUCUCAUCUUUCAGAGUCUGAGUUUCUUGUUGCCUUCUCUAAGUUUAUACUCUUUUAGCAAAUACUGACUUAGGCUUUCAAUAAACUAUGUAAUAGAAAUUACAGAAAUUUAUUUAUAGCUGAAAUUACUCUUCAGGUUUUCCGUUUGAUCAUUUUCAUGCAAAAAGGAAUGACUUUCUCUUUUCCCAUUUCCCCUCCCUAUUUAUAAUUUCAAAACACAAUUGGUUGCAGUCACCUUUCUCUGCAAAAGAAACCAGUUUUUAAGCUGACUGCCAUAUUGUUUGAAUCCAUUGUUCAAAAGAAACAGAAGCAUUAAUUAACAUUCAAGAAUAAGGAAUAUUUCUUGUUGUGAAAAAUGUGAGUUCUUGAGAACCUUUUUUACAUGCAGUUUUCAUUCAAGUUAAAUGUCAUUUUUAAUCUGAUCCAUACUUUGACAAAGAUGAUGUGUAAGAGCUGUUUUUAGCAGUUGGAUUGUUACUUUGUAAAGUAUUAAAGCACUAAACCAAUUUUUGCAAUAGGUAGUAAAACUUGCUUUUGUUUUGAAAAACUUCCAGUUAUAACUGUUGCACUUUUUAUAGCAGAACUGUAUUUAAUUUCUUUCUUUUAUGAAAGAUUACUCAAAGUAACUGAUAGCUCUGUAAUCUGUGUGAAUUGGCUUCUCCAUUAUUUGAAUCUGAGAGAAGCUACAAUGCCUAUUCAAUAAAAUUAACUUAUUUCUAAAG